AUGCGUUACACACUCACUUUGAACGAAAUAAAUCGUUUCGCACAAUAUUUGUACAGAGUUCUGUUUAUUCACGAGUGACAGAUUUCCAAACUUUCUUGUUUAGUUCAUUGCUAGCAGCGAACUGGCCACACCGUGCACAAUCCCUCAAGGCCCGUCCAAAUCCCAGUGGGACAGUUUGCGCAAAGGCACCUUAGAAUCGAAACUCCAGGAGGCCCUUGACAACAGGCAGCCGGACUUAGCGCAGAAACUAAGUGAUCUUAUCCAUGAACGUGAUAAAUUCGAAUCACUACAACGUCUUCGUCAGCAACUCAGUCAGCGUUCAAGCAAAAUUCGUAAAAUUCAGUUGAGAAAGGACAUCCUCACAACAGCUCUGAGUGCAUUUCCGCCUCAAUCGAAUUCUGCUGGCCGAUUGAAAGCACUUUACGAUCAAGCCAAUACUGAAGAUGUGAAACUGCGCCCAUGGAAGAGAAAACAUGAAAAGGCUGUCGACUGUCCGAAAGGAAAAACGUGUGACAAUUUCAUUGCUAGCAGCGAACUGGCCACACCGUGCACAAUCCCUCAAGGCCCGUCCAAAUCCCAGUGGGACAGUUUGCGCAAAGGCACCUUAGAAUCGAAACUCCAGGAGGCCCUUGACAACAGGCAGCCGGACUUAGCGCAGAAACUAAGUGAUCUUAUCCAUGAACGUGAUGUCCGAUCUUCUGCUUUGGCUACGGCUACAGCUGUACGUCAUGUGCGCAACUCUGUCCACACAAAACGUGAAUCGAAGUGUGGUCAACGAUCUGCCCACGUCAGAAAACAAAUGGAACCUGGGUCUACAGCAGGAUGGAGUUGCUGAUCUUUACCGUGGAUUUUACACAUGGAGCUAAGUGAGAUGGGUACGGUUCAUCUUGACCUCAGAGAUGGGGGAACGAAAAAUAAGAAACUAGUCUCUCAAUCACAUUUUAUCAGCCCUAAUCGUUUCCAAAAUAC